UCACCAACUCUGUUUCUCCUUACCUGAUAUCACAGCCCUUCUAAUUUUGGUCAAUAUACUGUUUAUCCAGCUGUGUUUUCCUCCUGCAAGGCAUUUAUAUACAUUGUCAGCGGGAAAGGGAGAGCAAAUGUCAAGUUCUGGCUCUUUUUUGAGGCAGCUGAGUGGGAGAGAAGAAGUGUGGAAAUCAGCAUCCAGGAGGUGGGGAGGAAACCCCAAGAAGUACUGUGGUGGUGGUGGUGGUGGUCGGUGUAAGAGGAGUAAUUUGGAGCAGAUGGAAGGGCUAAACAUUUAUGGCAAUUGCGGCGGCAGUGAGAACUAUGGGGCGGUGGUGAGGAAGAGGGUCAUGGUGGUGGUGGACCAGACAUCACAUUCCAAGCAUGCAAUGAUGUUUGCUCUAACCCAUGUGGCUAACAACGGUGAUUUCUUCACUCUGCUUCAUGUCAUUCCGCCCACCCACAAGGGCUCCGACUGUUCUUCUUCUCAUUAUCUGGCUAACUCUCUUGGGUCCCUUUGCAAGGCCUGCAAACCCGAGGUAGAGGUAGAAGCAUUGGUGAUCCAAGGACCAAAGCUGAGCACAGUGUUGAGCCAGGUGAAGAAGCUAGAGGUUUCAGUCCUGGUUCUGGGUAAGAAAAGGCCCACUCCAUUCUUGAACUGUUUGCAUGGCACCAGCUCUAACGAGUUUGUGGAUCAGUGCAUCAACAAUGCAGACUGCUUGACCGUUGGGGUAAGAAAGCAGAGCAGUGGUGUUGGUGGGUACCUUAUCAGCACCAGAUGGCAGAAGAACUUCUGGCUCCUGGCUUAGUUCUACAACCCAUCUGCAUUCUGUAAUAAUAUUAGCUCUUCACCUUCUGUAUAAUAAUUAUAUAAUCCACUAACUAGACUUGAUCACCCUGUAUCGCCUCUAUCUAUCAUUUGAUAAUUAGAAAUGUAAAAUUGAGAUUACUGCCUUUCUAUUGUAAAACUUCCAACAUGAAUAAAUAAACUGCAAAUCGGCAU